ACAUUCAAAAAUAAUUUGGUUAGAGAGUCUUAAACGAAACUAAGAGAGCACACAAGUUUCUCAACAUGGCCAGUCCUAAUUGGCCAUCUUUACUUAUGGUGGUCUUAGCCUUGUAUUCCAUGGUUGCGUAUACAAGUGCUCAAUACUCUCCAACACCAACACCGUAUUCACCGCUUCCGCCAUAUGUUUACAACAGUCCUCCACCAUAUGUUUAUAACUCUCCAUCGCCUCCUCCAUAUGUUUACAAACCCCCUCCAUAUAUCUACAGUUCUCCCCCACCACCUCCUUACGUCUAUAGCUCCCCACCACCUCCUCCAUAUGUUUACAACUCUCCCCCACCACCUCCCUACGUCUAUAGCUCCCCUCCACCUCCUCCAUAUGUUUACAAGUCUCCCCCACCACCUCCCUAUGUCUACAGCUCCCCACCACCUCCUCCAUAUGUUUACAAGUCCCCGCCACCACCUCCUUAUGUCUAUAGCUCUCCACCACCUCCUCCUUAUGUCUAUAGUUCCCCACCACCACCACCAUAUGUUUAUAAGUCUCCUCCACCACCUCCUUACGUCUAUAGUCCUCCACCACCACCGCCAUAUGUCUACCAAUCUCCUCCACCACCUCCUUACGUAUAUAGCUCUCCACCUCCUCCUCCUUAUGUCUACAAGUCGCCUCCUCCACCACCUUACGUCUACUCUUCUCCACCACCACCUCCAUAUGUCUACAAAUCUCCUCCACCUCCUCCUUAUGUCUAUAGCUCUCCACCACCUCCUCCAUAUGUUUACAAGUCUCCGCCACCACCUCCUUACGUCUACAGUUCUCCACCACCACCUCCAUAUGUCUACAAAUCUCCACCACCGCCUCCUUAUGUGUACAGCUCACCACCACCACCUCCUUAUGUUUACAAAUCUCCUCCACCACCUCCCUACGUCUAUAGCUCGCCUCCACCACCUCCCUACGUAUAUAGCUCGCCACCACCACCUCCAUAUGUUUACAGCUCGCCACCGCCUCCUCCAUAUGUAUAUAAGUCUCCUCCACCACCUCCUUAUGUCUAUACUUCACCACCACCUCCUCCAUAUGUUUACAAGUCUCCUCCACCACCUCCAUACGUCGAUAGCUACUCACCACCACCGGCUCCAUAUGUUUAUAAGCCUCCUCCAUAUGUUUACAAGCCUCCUCCAUAUGUCUAUAACUACUCUCCACCGCCAGCUCCAUAUGUUUACAAACCUCCCCCAUAUGUCUAUAGCUACUCUCCACCGCCGGCUCCAUAUGUUUACAAGCCUCCUCCAUAUGUCUAUAGCUACUCUCCACCGCCGGCUCCAUAUGUUUACAAGCCUCCUCCAUAUGUCUAUAGUUCGCCAUCACCACCGCCUUACUAUAGCUCUCCCUCUCCACCACUAUACUAACCAUUUACAUACAUGAUGAAGCGAGACUCAAAGUAAGAGUGUAUUUAAUAAGUGUAUCCACACGGUUUAAAAGCUUUCCCUUUCGAGACGUUGUCAUUAUAAGAAAUGGAAUUAUGUGUGUACUUAAAUAUCUAUGUGCAUUUUCGCUUUGGCUUUUUGCUUUUGAUGUUGUUUUUCCUUUGAAAAGACCAAUGUUUUGUCUUCCAUUUAUAACUGUUGAAUAAAUUCAA